GAGGACACGGGAACCGGCGGGACCUGGGGCGCUGGCUGUGGCGCGAGGUGACCCGAGUCACAUUCCCUCGGGGCGGCGACGGCAGAGCGCCCACCGCCCGGAGCAGGUAACCCGCCGGGGCGGCCGCGGAGUGGAGCCGGGCGCCCCGAGAGCCUCGCCCGGAGACGCCGGCCCGGCGGGGAGGGAGCCGGGGCUCAGAUUAAUAUUAAAGUUGGAAGUGUGCAUCUUUUGCUGGAUAUUGGAAAUUGAGUGUAAUGGCAACAGAAUUUAUAAAGAGUUGCUGUAGAGGAUGUUUCUAUGGUGAAACAGAAAAGCCCAACUUUUCCGUGGAAACUGACUUUAAAACAGGAGUCUCUAGUAGUCAAAAUACUGCCGUCUGUGUACCUCCACUGGCUUCUGUGUGUGUGAAGCCUCAGGUUGGCUGUACUGAGGAUUAUUUACUUUCCAAGUUACCAUCUGAUGGCAAACAAGUACCAUUUGUGGUGCCCAAGUUUAAGUUGUCUUAUGUUCAGCCCAGGACGCAAGGAACUCCUUCACAUCUAGAGGAACUUGAAGGAUCUGCCAGAGCAUCUUUUGGGGAUCGCAAGGCAGAACUUUCCGGCUCAUCCCACCCUGGAUCCAGCUAUGACGUAUAUAACCCGUUCUAUAUGUAUCAGCACAUUUCACCAGAUUUGAGUCGGCGCUUUCCCCCUACCUCAGAAGUGACAAGACUAUAUGGAUCAGUUUGUGACUUAAGGACCAACAAACUCCCUGGUUCCCCUGGGCUAAGCAAGUCUAUGUUUGAUCUUACAAGUUCAUCUCAGAAGUUCAUGCAGAGACAUGAUUCACUGUCCAGUGUGCCUAGCAGCUCUUCAUCGAGGAAAAAUUCUCAGGGGAGCAACAGAAGCUUGGAUACCAUUACUCUGUCAGGAGAUGAAAGAGAUUUGGGGAGAUUGAAUGUGAAGGUGUUUUAUAAUUCUUCAGCAGAGCAAAUCUGGAUCACAGUAUUACAGUGCAAAGAUUUAAGUUGGCCCUCUAGUUACGGCGACACUCCUGCUAUCUCUAUAAAAGGAGUCCUAACAUUGCCCAAACCAGUGCAUUUCAAAUCUUCAGCCAAGGAAGGCUCCAAUACAAUUGAGUUUAUGGAAACUUUUGUGUUUGCUAUUAAACUCCAAAGUCUGCAAAGUGUAAGGCUUGUAUUUAAGGUUCAAACCCAGACUCCCAGGAAGAAGACCAUUGGCGAAUGCUCACUGUCACUCAGAACUCUUAGCACACAGGAAAUGGAUUACUCUUUGGAUAUAGCACCACCUUCAAAAAUUCCUGUGUGCCAUGCAGAACUUGAGUUGGGGACUUGUUUUCAAGCAGUGAACAGCAGGAUUCAGUUACAAAUUCUUGAGGCACAGUGCCUUCCAAGCUCAUCAACACCACUGACUUUGAGUUUUUUUGUGAAGGUGGCAAUGUUCAGCUCAGGAGAGCUGAUUUAUAAGAAGAAGACACGCCUACUGAAGGCCUCCAAUGGAAGGGUAAAGUGGGGAGAGACUAUGAUUUUCCCACUUAUACAGAACGAAAGGGGAAUUGUUUUUCUCGUUAAGCUUUAUAGUCGAAGCUCUGUAAGAAGAAGACACUUCGUGGGGCAGAUUUGGAUAAGUGAAGACAGUAAUAACAUUGAAGCAGCAAACCAGUGGAAAGAGACAAUUACAAAUCCAGAAAAGGUUGUUAUCCAGUGGCACAAAUUAAACCCAUCUUGAAGACUUUACACGUUACUUGGUGAAGAAUUUGACAUUGUUUUAGAAGACUUAAGAUUUCAAUUUGCUACCAAUGAGAAGAGGCAAAUCAAUACAUUUAAGUCUUUUAUGGAGGUCAUAAUUACAGUAUAUAAUGGAUCUGUUAGAAAAUUAAACUUGAUAAAACAUGGU